AUGCUGGGCAGUUCAGAGGAGAAAUGGAAUGAUUUCAGCAACGAAGAAAGAGAGAUAGGUGGAAUGCAAUCUUUAAAGGGUACGGUCCUCCUCCCGCCUCCAUCCACUCUAAUUCUGAUAUUCUCUAUUCUAGCCGCUUUUGAAAGUACUAUCGCCAUUCUGACUCCACCAACUAUUAUUUUGGUAUUCAACCUCUAUGAUUAUUUCUUUUCCUUUGUGAUAUCAUGGUUUUUGUGCAGAGUUAUUUUCCACGACAAAUGGAGACAGUGGUAUUCCCUGUCCAGUCAUCAUGGAAAAUCCAGAACCAGAAGUAGUCGAUGCCGUUUUUGCAAGGAUGAAGUUUUCAAAAGAACUAUGGAAGAAGGAGAAGGACAGCAGAAGUUUCAUGCUGAACACGAAGCUGAAAGAUUACAUGUGUUGGGCCAAACGGAAUUAAGACAAAGCGUCAUGGAGAGGCGGCAAACACCAAGUAUUACUCUGAUCUGA